UUACCAAAGAGCAGUAGCCAUAGCAAGAAAACCUUACAAAACUGAUAGAAAGGGACAAAGAUAACAUUUCAGCAGCUUGAAAGGUUUUACCAGGAGCAGUUACAACUAAUUAUUGCAGUCUUCUCUUUUUUAAGGCUACUUUCAUCACCAUGUAUCGUGCCUUUCUCCUGCUCUUGUUAGAGCUUUCCCUGUCUUCAUGUGAUGUGACUAUUCCACUGAACUCCAACAUUUCCCUUCAUUGUCUCCCUGACAAUGUCUCUGCACUGGUUGACCAUACAUUUACCUGGAGCUUUAAUUCCAUCCAGAUUCUGUCACAGGACAUGAUUGGGAAGGAGGGAAAGAUCUUGCACCUCACAAAUGUAAAGGCCAGUGAUGGAGGCGAGUACAAGUGUGUGCAGGAAGGAUGGAAAGGAGAGGGUCAUGUAAGGUUGGGAAGAACGUUCAGAAUAAGUGUGAAAGAACCCCCACUUGUUCAGGAGUGGCUGAUCAUCAAAUCAACAGCUGGGGAUGAUGUGACGCUUCCAUGCCAGGUUCCUGAAUUUUCCUUUUCUGGGUUAGCUGAAACAGCUCCUGUUGUCUGGAAACGAGACAUAAAAGGGAACGAGGUGCUACUCGACCCCAAGAAAGAAAGAAACUACCAAGAAGAGAAAAAUAAGUCUGCUGAAAGGGUGUUCUGGGAAAUUAAUCCCGAAGAACAGGACUGGUCAAUUAAAAUAAAUCAUGUCACAGAGGAAGAUGCUGGGAUGUACCAAUGUAUCAUAAGGAAAAUAUCUAAGGCAAUUUUGGUGGAGCUGGAAGUGAAAGCCCCUCCUCUACCCCGCUGCCAUAACUACAACCACCCCUGGGAGACUUGUGAGGAUCCAGACAACAGAUCAUGGAAGUCAACUCUGAAGGAAUCACUUACAGAAUUCUCCACUUCGGUGUACUCCCAUCUUAAAGGUUCAAAGCCUUUAACGAACUUGAUCUUCUCCCCGAUCAGCAUUGCUGCAGCUCUCUCUAACUUGCUAUUGGGUGCUCGUGGUGAGACAAGAACACAGUUGCAAGAUGCUCUCAGUCUUCCCAACGGAUUCUCCUGCGUGCAUUCCGAAAUGAAGAAACUGAAAGAAGAAAUGAAACACACUCUGGGGAUGGCUUCAACCAUCUUUUAUUCUCCAGAGCAAAGGAUGGCAGAGGCUUUCAUCAACCAGUCUUUGGAGUUCUAUGAUGCAAAGCCACAGAAGCUGACCAAUGACAGCAAUCUUAAUGUGAAUCUCAUCAACAACUGGGUGGCAGACAAGACAAAUCAUAAAAUUACUGAGUUAGUUGACGAAGUUGAUCCCUCUACCAUGUUUGUUCUUAUAAAUGCAGUCUACUUUAAUGGCAAAUGGAAAAUGUUCUUUGAUCCCACUAAUAAACGGGAAGCGUUCACCAAGUUGUCAGGUGAGGUCGUAAAUGUGGAAACUCUCUACAGCCCCAAGUACAAGCUUGUAAUGAGCUAUAACAAAAAAUUAAAGGCAGAGGUUGGAAAAUUUCCUCUCACAGGCAAGAAUAGCCUGUACAUUUUGAUCCCACGCACAAUGUCAGAAGAAUCCUUUUCAUUGGUGGAGAAAAAUAUGACCGCCGCUAAUAUUAUAGAAAUGGUUUCUGAGAUGAGCAAAAUCGCAGCCCAAACUGCUGAGGUCACACUUCCUAAAAUUAAACUGGCAGUGACCACACCACUUGAGAAGUUACUAAGAAAACUUGGUUUGUCAGAUCUCUUUGAAAGUCCUAAUUUGUGUGCUAUGUUUCCGGGGGAAUCCGAUUCGUUCAUCUCAGACGCUCGCCAUCGUGCCUUUUUGUCGCUCACAGAAAAAGGAGUUGAAGCAGCCGCAGCCACCAGCAUUUCUUUCUCUCGCUCCUUUCCAUCGUUCUCAGCUCUGCAGCCCUUCAUUCUGAUAGUCUGGAGUGAUGAGAUUGAUGCCCCGCUUUUCAUUGGAAGGAUUGUUAAUCCGUUAUAAGAAAGAUAGAGAAAGAGGAAAAAGUGAUCACAGACAUCACAGUAUCGAUCAAAUCCACAAAAAGAUAGAUCCAAUCAAACUUUAUCACAAGCAAACUCAAUGAAUGCAUUUCUGUAACAUAAAUUAGAAUGCAUGCAUAAUCUUGGUAACCAUUAAAGAUAUACUUGUCCUUAAACAA